GAAACUAUGAAAAGAUAACAGACACGUUCAUGAUCACAGUGAACCCGCCUAUUUUUAUGGCUUCAUUUCACCAAACCCUUUUACUCUCUUCUUGCUUUGUUUUGUAACAUAACAAACAUAUUUCCCUUCUUUAUAAGUAAGUUAUUCCUUUAGAAAAAUACUAGUAGAAGAAACGUGAAGGAUUUAUCUUAUAAACUUUUCUUUCAUUUACAUUCCUUUUUUGUCUUUUGUUUUGUUUUGGAGCAGGAAAUACUUGUUUGUUUCAAUACGAGAUCCUUCAUAAACAGAAAUCAUCAGUUCCGUAUUUAAGAGUUUUCAAUCCUCAUAGUUUUUUUUUUUUUUUAUUUUUUUCAAAGGAUAGUACAUAGAAAACAAAUCAACAUUCUAGGACUGUUUGAUUGUCUUCUCAAUUCACUCCCUCGCAUUUCUAUUCAACUCUCUUUCUUCAACAACUUUCUUCAAUCUCAAAUCUUACGCUAUUUCUCUUUCAAGUUUUUAGGGUUCCUUUAAUUUUAUUUGUUCAGAACCUGCUUUAGACGUUUCUUAAUUAUUACUUUUGCAAUUCUAAAGUUUCCAUCUCCUUAUGUGCAAAACAACAACUCACUCGUCCCUUUCAAAGGCCAAAAACCCUGAAUUGCAUCGUCAGGUUGCUUCUUCUGUCGAGCAUCUUAAUAACAAGCCUGUUUUUACGGAGCAACCAUCUUCCGUUGCUUGUAACUCAUGCUUAAAGCUGAUUCAAGACCAAGUUUAUUUUCACUGUAAGGAUUGUCUGGAUUUUGAUAUUUGUCGAUCUUGUUACAAUAACCAGACUUUUUCUCAUUCAUGCCUAAAAGCAUCUUUCGAGAGGGUUAUACAAACUCCAAAACUUCAUUCCUUGUCUACGUCUCCUUCCGUUUUAAAGUCUUCGGAUUUCAUGUACUCUAUAUGCGAUGCUUGUGAACAGCCCAUCCGGAAUUUGCGCUUGAAAUGCGGCACUUGCGAUGAUUAUGAUCUUUGCGAUUCCUGUUUCCGUUCUAAUGAUCAUUCAAAAAUUCACAAUUUUGUCCGAAUUACGAAAGCCUAUCCUUACGGAAUCUCUCCUUUCCAGCUUCCUCCUUCGUUCUCUUCAGACACUGAUUUCGCUCGUACAUCUCUCGUUCAUCGCUCCUCGCAGUGUGAUUCUUGCCAAGCCCAUCCCAUCGUGGGCAAUCGUUACAAGUGUUUGGUGUGUAAGGAUUUCGAUCUUUGCUCCGAAUGUAUCAGUCAUACAUUUCAUUUUCAUCAUGAAAUGCUUUGUUUGUCUCGUUUUUCUACUUCUUUUCCCCCGUCCGAUUCUAAACCUAAAGAGCUUCAGUACGAUUUUCAGCUCGUACGAGACUACCUUCUUCCUGUAAAUCCUGGGCCGAAUGUAUCCUGUAUGAAAAUUUGGCAGUUGAAAAAUAUUUCAUUGAAAACAUGGCCUGCUCCUCUUUAUUUGAGAUUUAACGGUGGUGAUAGACUAACACGCGAUGAACCCCUUUCCAUUUUGCCUAUUGCGCAUCAAGUCCAACCUGGAGAAAGUGCCCUCAUUGCUCUGUCUCUCAGAAUUCCCCCUGUGGAAACAACGAAGAAAACAUUCUUUUCCUUUUUCCAACUUAUUACUGAUUCCGGUGAUGUUUUCCACAAAAACCUUUGCUUUUUUUAUACGACUCCAAGAACUGAUGAAUAGAAAUCUCACAUUUUGUUCCUGUUUUAUGUUCUGAAUUACUUAUAUACGCAAAAAAAGUCGUUAAUGACCCCAUGAAUAGCCCAAAUUAAGUUUUUUUGAUUACAGUUAUCAUAAUGAUAGUUAAUGUUCCAUAUGGCUAAUACGUACUGCAAAGCUCAAGCUUGACAAAUGAAUCUUAAGGCUAAUAAACUAUCUUCAGUAUUAAAUUUUAGAAUUUGUUAAACUUAAUUUAUUCGUUACCGC